AUGAUGUUAGGAGCGCAAAACCUUACUUGCUCAACCGCGAGCAUCACAUCGCCAGUGGUCUUCGGGGCGGAAAUCCUUUCUCUUACUGCAUCAUGGGUUCAGAAUUACACAAUGUCUGUCCCUGCGACUUUCAACUACAACCAUGGCGACGAAACGCUUCAGAAUGUCGACUUUUGCAACAUCACCGUCCAAUACACCCACCCUGGGCACGAUGAUUUGAUCACCGUGGAGACAUGGCUGCCCCAGAAAUGGAACUCUCGGCUUCAGGCAACUGGCGGUGGUGGCUGGUCGGCUGGCCGGUUUGUUUUAUCGGAGUUCUUCAUGUCGGGUGCCAUUGCAGAAGGAUAUGCUGCCACCACCACCGACGCUGGGCUAGGCAGUGCGAUGUCUCCUGAAUCGUGGGCUUUGAAAAGCCCAGGGAACGUCAAUCUGUAUGACGUUCAAAACCUCGGCUACGUUUCCUUGAGUGAUCAAUCUAUCAUUGGCAAAAGCCUUGUCAAAAGCUUUUACGGUCGGGACCCCAAAUAUUCUUACUGGAGUGGUUGCUCUCAAGGAGGAAGACAAGGCCUCAUGCUGGCACAAAGGUACCCAAAUGCAUAUGAUGGAAUCGCUGCCUCUGCCCCAGCGUUGGCCUGGACCCAGCUAGCCUCGUCCGUCUAUUAUCCACUCCUGAUAGAAGGAUGGUCGAACUCGACCACCCCUCUGGCUUGUGAGCUUGAUUUCAUCACAGCCGAGGCUAUCAACAAAUGCGACCCAGAAGACGGCGUUGUGGAUGGAGUCAUCUCUGACCCGGCAAACUGCCACUUCAACGCAUCUUCCGUUGUCAACAAAACGUUCUUCUGCGAUUCUACAAAAAAGAACAUGUCUCUUACUAAGUCUGCUGCUCUGGUAGCCAAUGCAGCUUGGUCGGGUCCUCGGGGCCCCGAUGGUGAAUUCCUCUGGUUUGGAUACAAUCGCGGCGCAGAUCUCAGCUCGUUUGGUGCUGUUCCGGGGACAAACACGACAGGCCAGGAUGUUUGGUUCCGGCUCUUCGUUGCCAAGGACAAGAAGUAUGACGUACAGAAAGCAAGCCAUGAGGAAUAUGCUAGGCUGUUCCGUCACGCUGUGCAAGAAUAUGCCGGUAUGAUGAACGCUGACAACCCUCAUCUCACGGAGUUCAAGAAUGCUGGCGGAAAGCUCAUCUCGUAUCAUGGAAUGGCCGAUGAGUCUAUCCCAACCAAAAGCUCGGAGAACUAUUACCGCAGAGUGAGCCAAGCCGUGCCUGACAUUCAGAACUUCUAUCGCUACUUUGAAGCACCUGGCCUGGGACAUUGCUCCGGUGGAAUUGGAGGACAGCCUCUUACCACAUUUGAUGCUCUGCGGAGCUGGGUUGAAGACGGCAUCGUCCCUGAAACCUUGCCCGUCAGCUUUAAUGGCACAAAUGGCGUUGAGCAAGAUCGCAUUCUCUGUCCAUACCCAGCGAAAGCAGUAUACCAAGGUGGUAAUGUCGCGGAUGCUGCUAGCUUCCACUGUUCAACCAAUGCGACGAUGAACAUUGCGUCGCGCAAAAAUGUAUCUCAACGGCCAUCGUCUGUUUAA